CAAACAUUUCCCAAAUUGGGAUCAAUAAAGUACUUCUUAUCUUAUCUUAUCUUUACAAUUUUUUGUCAUGAAUGUUGGACAUACUGUAUUUGUGAAAAACCGAAAAAAAUUAAAUAUGUAUGUAUCCUUAAAUCAACUCUAAAGGUGUUCUUUUAGACACGCGGUGAAGAUGAAGUUUGAGAACAUCCUGGAGGAAAUUGGCGGUUUUGGACCUUUCCAAAUCGUCAUCAUCGUCCUGCUGUGUGCCCCAAGAAUCGUGCUGCCCUGUCACUACCUGUUGAAUAACUUUAUUGCGGCGUUACCUCCUCACCGUUGUGAUAUCAGCACUCUGGAUGAUGGAAGACUCUUUAGGAAUGUAACCGAGCAGCAGAGACUGACCGUCAGCCUUCCUUUAGGAGAAGAUGGCGGCUUCAGAUCCUGUGAGAUGUUUUCAGAGCCACAGUUUCAGCUCUUGGUGAAUGGAUCCAAACUCUUUGAGGCGACAACGGUACCAUGUCAGAGCAGAUGGGUUUACGACAACUCCACCUUCACCUCCACCCUGGCAACAGAGUGGGACCUCAUCUGUGAUAGGAAAAGCCUGGCACAAACCACAAGCUCCAUCUUCUUCUUUGGAGUGAUGAUCGGCUCCAUAGCGUCUGGAUUCCUCUCUGACAGGUAUGGGAGGAGGAACACUCUUCUCGCCUCGUACAUCAUGGCAGCCGUGUUCGGCUUCUCCAGCGCAUUUGCAAACUCCUACGUUGUGUUCGCCGUCCUCAGGUUCUUCACCGGGUUCGGACUGACCGGAAUCGGCGUAAACUUGAUAGUUCUCAGUAUUGAGUGGGUGGACACGGACCACCGGUCGUUUAUCGGUGUGAUCGGCUGUCUCUUCUGGUCUGUAGGGAACAUGCUAUUGGCUGCGUUCGCCUACCUGGUGAAUGACUGGAGAAACCUCACCAUGACCGUCACCGCUCCGCUGGGACUCGCUAUCCUGACCUGGUGGUGGAUUCCUGAGUCUGCCCGCUGGCUGUUGGCUCAUGGGAAAGUGGAGAAGGCCAAGUUUUACCUCGACAAAUGUGCCAAAUUCAACAAGAGAGGAGAUCUGUCGGACAAAAUAAAACUGGAGACACUGUCCAGCAUAGAAAACGAGGAAAAUAAGGACAAAAACUACACGUACCUCGACCUGAUCAAGACACCGAAGAUGAGAAAGUUAACUCUACUGACUGGCAUUGUUUGGUAUGGCGUUGCCUCCACGUAUUACGGCAUCAGCCUGAACAUCAGUGGCUUGGGUUUGAACAUUUACCUCACACACUUCAUCUACGCUGCCAUCGAAGUGCCCGCCAAGCUGAUGAUCUACUGCUGUCUGAACAUCGUGGGGCGGAGGAAGUGUCAGGCGGGAACGCUGCUGCUGACGGGACUCUGCAUCGCCAUCAACAUCUUCCUACCUCAAGAUCUGUGGCAUCUGCGUAUUGUUGUCGCCAUUCUUGGAAAAGGUCUCUCAGGAGCUGCUUUCACGACCGUCUCCCUCUACACAACGGAGCUUUACCCCACAGUCGUCAGGCAAAACGGCCUGGGCUACACCAGCUUCAUAAGUUAUCUGGGGAUCUCUGUGGCUCCUCUGAUUCUGAUGCUGGAGGACUUCUGGACUCCUCUUCCUCAGAUCAUCAUCUGCUCCAUGGCCUCCGGCCUGGUGACGCUGCUGCUGCCCGAGACCCUGAAGGAAAGCCUGCCGGAGACCAUCCAGGACGUGGAGCAGAAGACAGUGUUGGUGAAUUAAAGGCAGGGCCGUCCCUGGCCAACUUGAGGCCCCAAGCGAUAUUUUGAGAUGAGCCCCCCCCCCCCUCAAUUUAAUAAUAUAAAUACUAUAUUGUUAUAAUAUUGUUUUAAUAUAGUCAAGAAAAAACAUGCUUAUUACAUGCUCAAAAACUGAUAUUUCUUAAAUCUGUAUUCAAAAGUAGUUCCCUCUGUCAGCAAUGUAUCAACAACUACACACACAUUUCUAUCAGUAUUUCUCUGUGUUGUGGUUGACAUGAGGAUGACUGUUAGGAGUUAAGGGGAGAGGCUGAGCAUCACCAUGAAAUGUGCAAAUUGACAUAAAAAUGAAUAAAAGGGGAAUAAAUGCUCCAUGUUUUUUAGGCUGUAAACUUUAACUGUCAUGUAAGCCAACUAGACAGACAGUGUAUCACUCUUCCUCCUGUACAUUAGCAGAUAAGAGGCAUAGAAUACUUGAAUGAAUGGUAAAUAAAGAACGCUGGAAAUAACUGCAUCUCCAUUAGCCUAUAUGCUAUGCAGAGACUGCCUUCUUCAUGUCGUGAAUUGCAGCUGACAAUGGCAAUUGGCAAAAGUUUGACAUUUGACUUAUACAACAUUCGCAAGUUGUACAUUUGACUCAUACAAUAAUCCACCUUCGAGAGAUGCUCUAGUUUCUUCAUGUUUUGUUUUUUUCCCUCUUGCUUGCGCCGGACUGAAACUGUCUUUUCGCCGACAUCUCUUCACCUGCACUAGUGUCCUGAUCCAUUUAUAUAAAAACCUGUCUGAAUAUGAGCUGAUCAGAUUUUGACCACUUUAUGAUGUCAUAACGAUGUUUUGUCUUGUGUAACCAUUAGCCAAUCACCAACCAAUGUAACUUUCAUGAAGCACAUUCAGGCACAUGAGCACAUACUACAGUUUAAAAAAGCAGGAAUAAAAUCUGAGCAUUAGUUUAAUACACACAUGCAAUCAACCCUUUAAUAAAAGCAUAUUUAACAUUAACACCUCCUCUUUAUGAGAUGAAGCACCGCCCCUUACAUGCAGUUCUCUAAAUAUGGCUUCACCCAUGUGCAUUAUUAAGCCCCGCCCCUCUUCCAGUUCAGGAGAUGUGAUUGGUCUGAGAUCACAUGACCUGCAGUGUGUGUCUGUGUAUAAUAGGUUGUCUGUUUAUUGUACUGCUCUUUGUCACGUGCUGUUUGAUGACCCUGAUGAAGGUCAAAGCAGAACACACUGAUAUUAAAGAUUCCUCAGGAUUAUCUAAUGUAAAUAUUGUA